AUGGUGGAAAAAGAAGUUCAAACCGAUCUCACAGUCGAGCAAAUGGAUAAAGACAUUAAAGAACAUGAAGAAGCCAUCCAAAAAGAACAAAAUAAGGGUAAAGAAAGCCAGGAACAAUUAGAAAAUAGAAAUAAAGAGUUGGAAGAGAAAUUAAAAGAAGGAGGUUUGAAUGAGAUAGAAAAGAAAUUAUUAGAAAUAGCAGAAACACCAAUUGGAACUGACC